UGACGCCGUCUUGUUCGUCCCCUUUUAUCCUCAUUUCCUUCGCUUCGGGGUUUUAGCGGCGGCCAGAUCGAGAAAGCGAAGAGAGGUUGAGGGAGGGGCGGGCGGCGACAGCGAACGCCGACGAGUUAAGUUUGAGGUUUGGAUUCGUGAUUUAUGUCGUCUGGCGAUCUCGAUCUAUUCUCGCACGGUGCCGGAAACUUUGCAGCUUCGAACCAGCGAAGCAUCUCUGGCUCCUGCGUCGUCGGUGGGCUCACCUUCUUUCUCUUCGCCCUCUCCGCCACCUCCUCCUUCAUAUCCUGCGCUCCUUGCGUUCCACUGAAGUGGGAGGGAUCGAAGAGGACGGACUCGAUGCGAUAUACCAGGGUUGGUUUUGGAGUGAAGUACUUUGGGUUUCAGCAUAUAAAUCUGUGCUUUGUCCUGUUCAUCUUCUUGAGAGGAGCCCUUACUUGACAAAGAGAGCAGCCGAACAACUCCCCCUUUUUGGCUUGCGUUUUCCUCGUUUUUUUUUUCCUUCUUCCUUUGCUUUUUCGUUUUUCGUUCUUGAUUCCGUCUUGAGGUUGAGGAAGACAAUGACUGCACUUCGGCACAUGCUCGGGAAGCAACCGCAUAAGAUGGGUAAAAGGAGGGCAAAGAACCAGCAGCAACUCGUCAGAUCCGGUUCCUCCUGUCAGCACGAAUCGAAGCGACGGGCAAGAACAAUCCGCGUCGUCUUUGACGACCCCGACGCUACUGAAUCAAGCGGCGACGAGGGCUUCAGCUAUUCCUUUCGCAGGAGGAGGGCGAUUCACGAGUUCCCGGCUCCUCCGUCUCUCCCUGCUGCUUUCUCGCCGGCCUCGUCGCGGGAAAGCAGCGGGAGGAACCGUAAAAUCGCCCAAACGCGAAAGCCCCAGCUCAAGUCACUCGGUUCACUGACCUCGCCAUCUUCCGCCAGAUUUAAGGGGGUCAGGCAGCGGCCGUGGGGGAAAUGGGCGGCGGAGAUCCGCGACCCAAUCCGCGGUGUUCGCCUCUGGCUCGGCACUUACGACACGGCGGAGGCUGCGGCCGCCGCCUACGCAGCCGCCGCUCUCCGCUUCCAAGCCGAGAAGAAGAAUCUGUCUCGCACUUCCUCCGAUGCCACUUCAUCCUCUGCCUCGACGCGCUACGACGCCAUAGGGACCCAGGAUCCGCCUUCUCCGUCGUCCGUGCUCUACCGCCGAGGCGCCCCCGCGAACGCCUCCAUCGUAGUAGAGGAGUCUAUCGCGGAGCUCUUCGUGGAGCAAAGCCUGUCGCUCGCGGAGACAGGGUUAGCAUUCGAACCGGACCUCUUUCCUAUGGAUCAAAUGGAACCUGAGCUUCUGCCAACUGAUCAGUUCAUCGGCUUCGAAAGCAUUCCCAUAGACGAAGAAAUCACCGGCGACGACUUUCCCAGUCUAGAGAUCCUCAAUCAAUGGAUGGAUUUCGAGUUCUAACGAAGUUGAAAAUUUUGCAGCGUAAUCCCCGUUGACGAACUAGUGCCUGCCGUCUAUCAGUCUACAAAAGUCCUAUUACCAUAAUUUUUGUCACCUAUAAUUUAUUAUUAUUAUUACUAUUACUCCUAUCACUAUUAUCUAGAGAGAGUUUGCUGGGACAGAGGAAGAGUCGUGUUCAAUUUUGCAAUGUUUGUGAGAUUUUCUUGGAUUUUCCCGAAGCUAUAAGAGCUGCUCCAAGAAGUUUGUUGCUCUGCCCUCUCUUUUGACAAAUAUUCUGGUUGGAAAUUAUGUAAUCGUGACAGUGAUCUUCAUGUCGUCAAACCUGGUGCCAGCUUCGAUACCUUCUCUUUCUCA